AUGUAUAAAUAAAGUACAUUAAAUUAUAUUGACAUAUAUGGCAGAGAAACAUUAACGAGCGAGCGUCAUUAACGCUUUAGUUUGCCUAAAAUACCUUUAAGGUCUUGGAUCCUUAAAAUUCUUUAGCUGAUAAACUUCAGCAUUUACCAGCCUCACUUGGCGAUUGAAAUGCCUUAUAAAUCACUAUUCCCUUUCGUAAUCAAUUGGAAUACUGUUUGAUAAUUUUUUUUAACAAUUUCUUUUUUUCGGAAACCCAAGUAGCCGUUAAUUUCAGAAAUGGGUGGAUGGUAAAGGAAUGAGUAUUUUUCCCCGAUUUAAAGGGACACGGUUGUAGUUUCAUUCGUUUCUGGUGUCUUUACAGUAAAUACCUCGCGCUGGUGAUAAUUCGUCUACGUCAAUGGUUAUGAAUAUUGCGAUUUUUUAAUUUUGUGUUUUUGUUCUAUUAUUCGUUUGAAUACGUAUAUGAAACGCGGAAGUAACAAGAUAGUGAAGAUGCUUUGAAAAAACGCAUUUUAUUGUUUCCGUUUAAGGAAGACGAUUUACAAAUAAAAAAAAAAAAACUUGGUUUCAGAUGCAGUUUUCUCACUACAUGUUAUAUUUUAGUAUAUAGCCUUAAUAAAUUUAAGUUUCAGAAACAAAUUACCGUUAUUUAGUUCAUUUUCACUCACUUAACGUAACAAUUUAGUUGAUACAUUUACUAGAAUGUCGAUAGUUCAAAACGAGACUGUAGUUUUGAUUAAAGAUGUAAAACCAGGCCUGAAAAAUUUAAAUAUCGUCUUUAUUGUACUGGAAAUAGGCAGGGUAACUAAAACAAAAGAUGGACAUGAAGUGAGAUCCUGUAAAGUUGCUGAUAAAACUGGGAGCAUCACCAUAUCUGUCUGGAAUGAGCCAGGGAGCCUGAUGCAGCCUGGAGAUAUCAUUAGGCUCACCAGAGGUUAUGCUUCCAUGUGGAAGGGCUGUUUGACAUUGUACACAGGACGAUGUGGAGACCUACAGAAGAUUGGGGAAUUUUGUAUGGUAUACUCUGAAGUCCCUAACUUUAGCGAACCUAAUCCUGAUCUCCUUAAUCAAGCACCUCAGCCAGCCAAAAAUGCCAAAGGUGAGCAGCGAAGCAACUCCCCCACAAACCAUUUGAGCUCAGGUAUUCCAGUCCAAGCAGGAAAUGGAGCUUCUCAUUCCUAUUCUACAAACAGCACAGUGCCCAUCAACAGCCAGCUACAGAACCCAGCACCUGCCCAGGGGGUUUUGGGAAGAACCAAUGGCCGCGUUCAGGCCAAUAGCAAUAUCUCAGCUGGGGGUGUAGGUAGCGGGUUGGGACCUUCACCUCCUUCUGUAACGAUCAGUAAUGGCAGAGAUCCACGCAGAGCCUCAAAAAGAUGAUAUCUUAAACCCUGUUCCUAAAAUUUGUGUACAUUUUCCACCAUGGGCAGGGCUGCAGUUUUCAGAAAUCCACACUCUACUUGAACACUGGGUGCACUUUUUUCUUGAUGCAUUUUUGAUGUAUCAAAUUUUGUAUGCUUUUGUAUAUAUAAGCCUUUCAGGAAAUGCUUGGGCAAUGCUGCUUAUAAUGGAAGAUGUCUACAGAAGUGAGUUCGAAAUCUUAAAAUCUGUGAUAGAAAUUCAACUUUGUCACCCAAACCCCACUUGUUAGUUUCUUUUGACAUCUAUUAAUAAAAUAUUGUGGCCUAUAUUAAGCCUUAAACAUAA